AUGCCUCGCAUCGUCCGCAUUGCCGCAGCACAAGUCGGCGCCGUCCAUAUCUGGAGCAAGAGACUAGACACCUUGAAACGCCUAUUAAAGCUCCUAGACGAUGCAGCAUCACGAGGAGCACAGGUUGUGCUCUUCCCAGAAACCACGUUGACAACAUUCUUCCCCCGGUACUUUUUCUCCGAUGACGCCGAGCUCGAAUCGUUCUUCGAGCACGGCGAUAUCAUCACCGCAUCGAACACUAAACCGCUAUUUGACAAAGCGAAAAACCUGGCCGUCGACAUCAUCCUCGGAUUCGCAGAAGCUACCGACGAUGGAGAGCACUUCAACACCCAAGUCUACUAUCAUGCCAAGUUUGGAUCGAUAAUGUCCAGAUACCGAAAGGUGCAUCUUCCCGGAGAUUAUGAGCCUUUCAGUGAUCCAGACGCCACGAAUCAGUUGGAGAAGAGGUAUUUUAAGCCUGGAAAUCUGGGCUUUGAGGCAUUCAGAGUCCCAGACCUGACCACGGUGACGCCCGAGCGAGGUGAACCGAUCUUUGGGCAGAUGAUCUGCAAUGACCGCCGAUGGGCAGAAGCAUGGCGCGUUCUAGGUCUUCAAGGUGUGGAAGUUGUCUUUUGCGGUUACAACACUACUGGGUUCGCUCCCCAUAUGUGGGGAAGUUCAAAGACUCAAGAUCCUAAAGAGGCUGAGGCAAUGGCUUACUUCCAUCACAAACUCGUGAUGCAGACUCAUGGCCACACAAAUUCUUGCUUCUCCGUUUCCGCUGCCCGGUGUGGCAUGGACGAUGAGAAAUACGGUUUGAUUGCUGGAUCCCUUAUCACAGACCCCCAAGGACGUGUGCUGGCCAAGAGCAAAACCACAGAGGAUGAAAUCAUCAUAGCAGACUGUGACUUGGAUCUGUGCCAGCAAGGAAAGACCAGGACGUUUGACUUCGCCAGACAUCGGCGCAUCGAACAUUACGGCAGGAUCGCAAAUCAGACGGGCGUCAUUGAGCCUCCUCGUCUAUCUUCCCUCACGCUUAACGGAUCAGCACCUAUGAUCAACGACGAUGUGGCUUUAGUAAAUACCCUCCCAAAAGUAUCCGGCCCAGCAUUUACCAAAAUUAUUCGCAUCCUGCUUUGCAACCCUAACUCCACUGCGUCUAUAACCACCUCAUGCCUCGCUAUGGUAGCAUCCGCUCUUCCCCCUGAUGUCUCCGUAUACGGCUUUACUGCACCCACGCCCGCUCCAACGGCAAUCGAAGGAAACUUUGACAGUAUCAUGUCCGCUGCCGCAUCUGCUCGUGCCAUCAUUCCAAUCGCGGAUCGGUACGACGCGUUCCUCGUGGCCUGCUACAGUGAUCACGCACUGAUCAACAUGCUUCGUAAAGAGCUGAGCCAGCCUGUCAUUGGCAUUAUGGAAGCAUCAUUUUUCGCAGCGCGCACUCUUGGGGAUAGGUUUGGGAUAAUCUCAACGAGCCAGCGUUCCAAGCUCAUGCACGAAGACUCCAUCCGGCAUUUUGGAUUGGAUGCAUUCUGCGCCGGUGCCAAGAGCUGUGAUCUAGGGGCUCUAGAGCUGGAGUCAAAGCCUGAGAAGGAGGUACUAAGCGUGAUGUGCGCUGUAGCGAAAGAGUUAGUUGCUGAUGGUGCGGACGUCCUUACGCUGGGAUACGCUGGAAUGACGAAGCUGAAGCCUGCUAUUGAGGAGGCAGUGGGCGAGGAUGUGCAGGUCGUCGAUGGCGUAGUUGCAGGAGUGCAACAUCUGAUCGGGUUGGUGAGGAUGGGAAGCAAGACCGCGAAGGCCGGUAUGUAUGAAAGCUCAGCGGUUGGGAGAAAGGCGAGGGGGCAGGAGCACUACUAAAGAUAAAUAUCUCCCCGAAUCUCUUUGGUUCAGUAUCGGGACACUGAUCAGAU